CCUGCACUGUGCAGCUUAUCACUGGGGACUGACUCCAACGUUCUCACUCCUGGAGAGAGCUCGGACUGAGUGAGAGGGUCUGAUCCCAGCUGGAUCUGUCCAGGACCAGCUUCCUGUCUCCUUGCUGCCAGCCCAGGUUACACCAGCUGUUCACCAGAACGAUGUCCCCAGUCUCAGGUGAAUCCCUGCAGCUUGUGCACAUUCAGGAAGAUUCGUUGCUCCUCAGUCAGGAUGCUUUUCGAAGCUGUUUCUUACGAGAGGAUGUGAAGGAUGGUCCAGUCUGUCUGAUUUCCAUCAUCGGGGAAGAGAGGAAAGGAAAAUCCUUUCUACUCAACUAUCUCCUUCGCCGGCUCCGUCAUCUGGAAUGCAAGGACCAGGAGUGGAUGGGAAGACCAAAUGAAGAUCUGAAAGGAUUUGAGUACAAGCCUGGAAUAGACAGCACGACUAAAGGUGUUUUCAUCUGGAGUGAACCGUUCUUCAUGGACUCAGAGCAUGGUAAGAUGGCAGUAUUUCUGGUCGACACAGAAGGCUGUGAUGGUCAUGAACGAAAGAAAAGCCUAAGUGUUCAACUGUCAGCACUCAGUAUGUUGCUGAGUUCAUACAUGAUUUUUAAUGUUGCCUCAAAGAUUAAUCGGACAGACCUGGAAUAUUUAGAGAUAUUUCUGGACAUGGCCCAACUGGUCGGAGAGGUUCUUGACUUGGAUCCUAUUCAGCAUCUGGAUAUCCUGGUACGUGAUUGGGAAUGGUCUGAAAAUUACGGCCAGGAUUCUGGGAAGGGAUAUCUGCUGGAGACAAAGAAGAAAAUUCAGAGUUCCGAAUCCAAAUUAUCUGCACCGCUGGUGAAGCUACUAUCAGAGUGUGAUUGCUUUCUGCUCCCCAAUCCUGGAAAGAAAAUCAGAAAUGGUACCACCGGUCACUGGAAUGACAUGAGUGUGGAUUUCAGGAAUUCCCUUGAUGAUUACGCCUCUUCUGUCCUGCGAUCUUUACCAACCAGUGCACGAACAGCUAGCAGGGGUUCAGUGGUGUCUGGCUUCCAGUUUUUUGAAAGAAUUAAGUUGUUCACAAAAACAAUUGAGAGAUACUCAAAGUACAUCACAACACCACUCGAGAUGAUGAAUGCCAUUCAGGGAUUGAAGCUGCGGGAGAAGCUGCUGCAGGAUUUCCAAAAUUUCUUCCAUUGCUCAGAGAAAGACGAUGACAAUUUCUGCGAGAUCCUGAAAACCUCUCCAAUGUCAAUGAGGGACCAUCUGGAGACGAAGGCCAAUGAGCUGGUGGAGAAAUUUAAGCAGCAACUGGAAGUGGGUGAGGAACAGAGAGAGCGUGAGGUCACGGAGUUGGAUAAUCUCCUGAAGAAAGAGACUGAGAACUUCUGCAAGGCUUAUACGGCAAAAUAUAACUGGGCCAUUGGCAACCUGAGGCAAACGUUGUUGGAGGAGUUUGAAUGUUUCAUCGAACAGCAGGAAGUAAAUGACAACAAUAUCUCUGUGAUCCUGAAAAUCUCUCCAAUGUCAAUGAGCAACAGUCUGGAGAUGAAGGCCAAUGAGCUGGUGGAGAAAUUUAAGCAGCAACUGGAAGUGGGUGAGGAACAGAGAGAGCGUGAGGUCACGGAGUUGGAUAAACUCCUGAAGAAAGAGACUGAGAACUUCUGCAAGGCUUAUACGACAAAAUAUAACUGGGCCAUUGGCAACCUGAGGCAAACGUUGUUGGAGGAAUUUGAACGUUUCAUCAAACAGCAGGAGGUAGAUGACGAUGCUGAUAUCUCUGCGAUCCUGAGAACCUCUGCGAUGUCAAUGAGGGACCGUCUGGAGAUGAAGGCCAAGGAGCUGGUGGAGAAAUGUAAGCAGCAACUGGAAGUGGGUGAGGAACAGAGAGAGAGUGAGGUCACGGAGUUGGAUAAUCUCCUGAAGAAUGACACUGAGAACUUCUGCAAGGCUUAUACGGCAAAAUAUAACUGGGCGAUUGGCAACCUGAGGCAAACGUUGUUGGAGGAGUUUGAAUGUUUCACCAAACAGCAGGUAGUAGAUGUCAACGAUAUCUCUGUGAUCCUGAAAACCUCUCCAAUGUCAAUGAGGGACCGUCUGGAGACGAAGGCCAAGGAGCUGAAGGGUGAAUUUAAGCAGCAACUGGAAGUGGGUGAGGAACAGAGAGAGAGUGAGGUCACGGAGCUGGAUAAACUCCUGAAGAAAGAGACUGAGAACUUCUGCAAGGCUUAUACGGCAAAACAUAACUGGGCCAUUGGCAACCUGAGGCAAACGUUGCUGAGGAAGUUUGAAUGUUUCAUCGAACAGCAGGAGAAAGAUGAUGACAAUUUCUGUGAGAUCCUGAAAACCUCUCCGAUGUCAAUGAGCAUCAGUCUGGAGAUAAAGGCCAAGGAGCUAAAGGGUGAAUUUAAGCAGCAACUGGAAGUGGGUGAGGAACAGAGAGAGCGUGAGGUCACGGAGUUGGAUAAACUCCUGAAGAAAGAGACUGAGAACUUCUGCAAGGCUUAUACGGCAAAAUAUAACUGGGCCAUUGGCAUCCUGAGGCACGCGUUGCUGAGGAAGUUUGAAUGUUUCACCAAACAGCAGGACUUUAGAGACGAUCGCAUGAUAUUUAGAAACAGUCCGAGUUCUGUCUCGAACCUAUUGAACAAGAAGCUAUGUGAGCUCUGUGACGAGUUUGAAAGGUUUCUGAACAACUACACAGGGAAUGGCGUACCUGAUCUGAAAGGAGUACUACAGGAGGAGCGAGAUACCUUCAUGAAAACUUAUCAGGCAAAAUUUGACCAGGCUGUUCAGAGAAAAAUUAAGGAGAAAGUUGAAGAUCUUUGUGCUUAUUAUGACAAGAAGAGUGAUAGUGUCUGGAAGAUAACGAAGACAACAGGAAAUGCGAUGAGGGAUAAGCUGGAGAGGAAGACGAUGAAACUCACAGCAGAGUUUGAACGGAGUGUGACCGGAAAUGAGGAAGAAAAGAGAACGGCCUUAGCGGGGAUGGAGACUGGAAUGAAGGAAACGGUCCGACGUCUGUCUGAACACUUUGAUAACGAACGCAGUGAUGUUUUGUUAGCUAUGGGGACUGCAGUGGCGGUAGGUGCUGUGGCAGCAGUUGGGGCAGGUGGAGUUGCGUCUGUUGUGAUAGGAAGGGUUGCAGCUACUGCUGCAGUUGCUGUUGGGCCUGGAGCUGUUGUUGGAGCUGCUGCUGGAGCUGGAGCUGCUGGAGCCGAAGCUGCUGGAGCUGGAGCUGCUGCUGUUGGAGCUGCUGCUGGAGCUGGAGCUGCUGGAGUUGGAGCUGCUGCUGUUGGAGCUGCUGCUCGUGGAGUUGUUGCAGCUGUUGCAGCAGUUGGAGUGAGCUACGUGGUGGCUAAAGCGCAGCAGAAACCUGAGAGGAGAACAUAGAGAUAUAAGAGGGUCUGAGUGAUUUCAGACACAGUGGGUGUUACUCUGGGUUUGAGAGCAGACACCCACAUCAGUUCCUCUCAGUAAGUUUCUGUCUGUAUGCAUUGGUGUGAUAUAAACUCAUUAAAAACCAUUCCCAGUAAA